AUGCUCCGCCGGCUAUCAACCACCUUCAGGAAGGACAGGAAGAAGGACGGCGCCAGCCCCAAUGGCACUUCGCCCAAAGACUCCUUGAACGGCAGCCCCACCCAUGGCCACUCUGAGCAGAAGGCCGACAGCAGCAAGAGCCGGGAGGAGGUGAAAGGCACCUUCGAACAGUUCGCUCAGGUCCUGCAUGCCUCCCGCCGCCCGCUGCCCACUCAGACUGGCGAUGGCAGCUAUGUCAAGCGAGAUACUCCGGCCAGCCUCUUUGAGAACUUGAAGACCAUUGGCAUUGCAGACGCAAAGACGCUCAAAGAUGUCCUUCAGAACAAGGCCAAGAAGGAGCUUCUUGACGACAAGACGUAUCUCAUGGAGCGCGUCAUCCAGCUAGUCGCAGACCUUCCUGGCAAUUCGGCAUUGAGAGUCGAUCUCACCAAUGCCUUCGUCGAUGAACUGUGGGAUUGCCUGCAGCACCCGCCAGUGUCAUACCUGGGCGACCAGUUCACUUACCGUCAAGCGGAUGGAUCUUACAACAACAUCAUGUAUCCCCAUCUGGGGGCUGCAAACACGCCUUACGCAAGAAGUGUGCAGCCAAAGACCGUCCUGCCUGGGGCGCUUCCCGAUCCCGGCCUGGUCUUCGACGCUGUUUUUGCGCGCGAGGAAUUCAAAGAGCACCCAAACAAGGUCUCGAGCAUCCUCUUCUACUGGGCUUCUCUGAUCAUCCACGACCUCUUCCAAACAGACCACCGGGAUAUGAACAUGUCCAAGACGUCUUCUUAUCUCGACCUCGCCCCCCUGUACGGAGACACGCAGGAGGAUCAGAACUGGAUCAGGACAUUCAAAGACGGCAAGCUGAAGGCAGACUGCUUCUCCGAGUCCCGUCUGCUCGGCUUCCCGCCUGGAUGCGGCGUUCUGCUCAUCAUGUUCAACAGGUUCCACAACUUUGUCGUCGACGAGCUUGCCAAGAUCAACGAGGGAGGCAGAUUCACAAAGCCGAAUCAGAGCCUGCCUCCUGACAUGGCCAAAGAGGCAUGGGCCAAGUACGACAACGAUCUGUUCCAAACGGGGCGUCUCAUCACCUGUGGUCUUUACAUCAACAUCACGCUUCUAGACUAUCUCCGCACCAUUGUCAACCUGAACAGGAGCAACACCACCUGGACCCUGGACCCCCGCGUGGACAUGGCCAAGGUCUUCGGGACUGAUGGCACGCCGCGUGGCAUCGGCAACCAGGUCUCGGCCGAGUUCAAUCUCGUGUACCGCUGGCACUCUGCCACCAGCAAGCGCGACGAGCAGUGGACCGAAGAAAUGUACAAGAACAUGUUUGGCAAGUCCGCCGCCGAAGUCCCGAUGGACGAGCUGCUGAGAGGACUCGCAAAGUGGGACAAGACGCUGGACAAGGAUCCCCAGAAGCGUGCCUUCGGUGGCAUGCAACGAGAUGCCAACGGCAAGUACGCCGAUGACGACUUGGUCAAAAUCCUCACCGAAAGCAUCGAAGACUGCGCUGGCUCCUUCGGCGCGAACAACGUGCCUAAAGCACUUCGUGCUGUCGAGAUAUUGGGUAUGCAACAAGCCAGAAAAUGGGGCCUGGCAACUCUGAACGAGUUCCGCAAGUUCUUUGGCCUGAAACCUCACGACACUUUCGAGAGCAUCAACUCUGAUCCCAAGGUUGCUGAGCAACUCCGCCACUUGUACGACCAUCCCGACUACGUGGAACUGUACCCCGGCCUCGUGUCGGAAGAGGCGAAGGAGCCAAUGGUUCCAGGCGUCGGAAUCGCCCCAACCUACACCGUUUCAAAGGCUAUCUUGUCCGACGCUGUUGUUCUCGUGCGCGGGGAUAGAUUCUACACUGUCGACUACCACCCCCGGAACUUGACCAAUUGGGGCUACAACGAGGUGCAAUAUGACUUGAAUGUCGAGCAGGGAUGCGUUUUCUACAAAUUGUUCUUACGGGCCUUCCCUGCCCACUUCAAGCCCAACUCCAUCUACGCACACUAUCCGAUGACGAUUCCUUCCGAAAACAGGAAGAUCAUGCGCAACCUUGGUCGCGAGAGCCACUACUCAUGGGAUCGACCAGCUUUCAUCAAGCCGCGCGUGAACAUCACCUCUUACGUUGGCGCAAAGGCAGUCCUCGAGCAACAGAAAGACUUUAAGGUUACAUGGGGAGCCACCUUGGAAGAAUUGAUGGGCAAGGGCGGUGCCCACUUCAUGCUGUCUGGAGAUGAGCCGCUGCAUGCCAAGCAGAGGAAAACGAUGGCGAAAUCGCUCUACAGAGAGAACUGGCAGCGCGAUGUCAAGAAAUUCUACGAGCACAUCACGCUCAAGCUCCUGCACGAGAAGUCGUUCAAGAUCGCCGGUAUCAACCACGUGGAUCUCACCAGAGACGUCGGCAACCUGGCCCACGUUCACUUUGCUUCCAACAUGUUCUCCCUCCCACUGAAGACCAAGGAGAACCCGCGAGGCAUCUUCACCGAGCACGAGAUGUACAUGGCGCUGGCCGUCAUCUUCUGCUGCAUUUUCUUCGACCUCGAGCCAGCCAAGUCGUUCCCGCUGCACCGCGCCGCAUAUGCCGUCUCUCAAGGGCUGGGCAAGCUCAUCGAGGCCAACGUCAAGAGCGCCAGCUCCACCAGCUGGAUCUCCAGCAUCACCGACAGCUUCCACGAGAACAACAACUAUCUGAAGGAAUAUGGAGUGCACAUGGUGCGCAGGCUGCUCGAUUCGGGGCUGAGCGCCCAGGAGGUCGCCUGGUCGCAGGUCUUCCCGACUGCCACGGCCAUGGUUCCGAAUCAAUCACAAGUGUUCACUCAAAUCAUGGACUUCUACCUCUCGCCACGCGGGACGCCGCACUUGGCAGAGAUCCGUCGGCUGGCGCGGCUCGACACGUCGGACGCUGACGACAAGCUAAUGCACUACGCCAUGGAGGCCAUCCGGCUGAACGGUACCUUCGGCUCAUACCGCGCUGCUACCUCGUCAACCACCAUCGUCGACGGCCGUGGAGACGAUGCCAAGCACAUCUCCGUCAGCCCGGGUGACAAGGUCUUCGUCUCCUUCGUCGGCGCCGCCAAGGACCCCGAAGUGUUCCCCAACCCGGAAGAGGUGCUCAUCGACCGCCCACUCGACAGAUACAUUCACUACGGCGAAGGCCCACACACCUGCCUCGGCCGCGACGCGAGCAGGGUUGCCUUGACGGCCAUGCUGAAAACGGUGGGCAAGCUGGACGGACUGAGGAGGGCACCUGGCCCCAAGGGCGAGCUGAAGAAAAUCCCAAGAGAAGGAGGCUUUUACGUCUAUAUGCGUGAGGAUUAUGGGAGCUAUUUCCCAUUCCCGCUCACAAUGCAGGUGUGCUGGGAUGGAGAUUUGCCGCCGCUGAAGUAA